AUGGCCUCCAGAAAAGACAUGCGCCGCGCCGACCUGAUCGUGCCCUAUGCCGAGCCAGAGAAGGCCAAGGACGACAACGACAUGUCGAGCACGCUCUCGAGCACACUGCCCAUGGCUGCUAUCUUCACGCGGAACAAGGUUGCUGUAGUAUUCGCUAUCCAGUCGUGGCUUGCUGAGACCCCCGAGCAGAAGAAGACGUCGACUACACCCGCCUACUUCCAGGUUGGCAUGUCUGCCAUGUCGCUCCUCGUUACCUACUCGUCAAUAUUCCUCCCCCCACCACCUAUCAGGCCGGGCCAAGCAUCUGGCACGGAGGCGUUUGCUGCUGCGCCGCCGUCGUAG